AUGCGAUCCAGUUUAUCUUGCGAGCAGUGCAGAAAAGCCAAGGUUAAAUGCGUCCACACUGGAACGGCACCUUGCUCGAGAUGUGACAGACUAAAUAUCUCUGGCUGCGAACUUACAAGGCCGCAAGUCAGAUCUGCUAAGAAGGUCGCAAGAAGAGCUCAGAAUGCAUCGGCAAUUUCGACUCCACGCGGGGACGAAGUCUCGGUGAUUUCAACACCGUCUGUCAUGAGCCCCAUGACACCUAUCCCAUCACGACAAACGACUUCACACAAUGAACUCGAUACCAUGGAUGAGCACCUUACUAACUUACCGAUGGGCGUUAUUUUAAAGGCUCUCAACAUAUUCACUGCCAAGUUUCCUGAGCUGAGAAUCCUUCAAGCGUCAUCUUUCAUCAAAGAGUAUCAGACUGUCCGAACCAAAGAGGGCAAAGCACUUCUCGCUACGACUCUUGCCAUCACGAGAAAACAAUGUUCUAUAGUUACGGGGGAUUGGCUAAGAGGCUUGAGGGGUAGCGAAUCAUACGCGACUUAUGCUUGGAGCACAUUGUCCGAUGCUAUUCUACAGCCACCCAAAGUACAAGUCGUGCAAGCUUUACUCAUCUUGACAUUGUAUGAAUGGGGUGUGCGCGAAUAUCACAAAGCUUGGAUGCACUGCGGCAUGGCAAUUCGCAUCAUGCAAUCUCUCCACAGCUCACGGAUUACUCCCCAUCCACUUGACGUCUCCCAAAACAGCGACACAGAUGCCAUGGCUAUAGCCGUCGAAUCGCGAACGUACUGGGCCUGCUUCAUUAUGGACUGCACCAUCAAUUCGGGAACAUACAACCCACGAAUGCUUCCCAUGUCAGAAAUGCACAAACUCAAAGUACCCCGGCCACUCAACUACACCGACUUCGCCUUUGGCUUCGACGCCACUUCGCUCAACUACAGCGCAGGCGACUUAUCCGGUCUCGCACAAGGGUUCGAGUCAAUAGCUCUCGGUUUUGACAUCUAUGCGCAAGCAAUGUCUUUUGUGUUUAAUAAUGGGCGAUGUGCACCGGGCAUGUGUGCAGCUGAGAAUUGUCCUUGGGUUCCUAGCUCGUCUUGGUAUCAGUGUCGAAGUCGGUUGGAAGAGUGGAGGAAAAGCCAGCAUAAGAGGCUUUGGUAUCCACAGCAUAGCGUUGUUGUGCAUAUGACACUCGGUCACGGUGAAUCUUUCAUCUAUCUCAACAUGCUCUACUACCUCACUACCAUCAUGCUUCAUCGGGAGUACUUUCCCUUCUUACCCAUCGGAGAUAUGACACCUCGCGGCCCCGUGGAUCCUCCGCUCCUCGAAGCCGAAGCACCGCCUGGCUGGUGGGAUCAAAGUGCCAGAGAGCUAUUCAGUGCAUCAGAACAAAUCGCUUGCUUGCUACAAGAAGCAUCAGAGUGUGGCAUCCCGCUCAUGACGCCUUUCUCUGGCUUUUGUGCUUUCACAGCAUGUUUUCUAAACCUCUACGUGUUCCGAUAUCCAAGGAUGAAUCUGGGUCGGAGUACAAAGGCCGAACAGCUGAUGAAUUGGGGACUAGAGUAUCUCGAAGAAUUCCAGAAUGCCUGGGAGCUAGCGGGUGGCUGGAUUAAAACCAUUCAAAACUCAUCUCUUCUAUAUAAAAGAGCUACUGAAGACGAAGGGAGAUAUAGAGGUCGGUCAAGAGCUGAUUUCGAGGCUUUGCACCAGUCGAUUCAUGAAUACCGUAUUGUGGAUAGAUCAGACCAGCAUCUGCAGCAGAUCAGCCACGCAGAUCGAAACUCGUCAAGGAGAGAAGAUGGCAAUGAUGUGCCGGUGCCAACACAGAAUCAAUCCAUGAGCGCCGCUGUCAGUGCUUCUGUGUCUGUACCUGAUCCGUUUCCAAAUUGGUGGUCGAUGCUACAGGAAGUUGAGUUUACGGAUGUUGGGAACCUUUGGAAUGGACUGCGCGAGAUGUAG